ACGCAUUGAUCGUCAUGGUGAUGUCAACAUCAUGGCGGCAGCUCGAAAUCAUUUGUGAGAUGCAUUCUGCCCAAACUUUCACUCGCACGACAGCUAUUUUAUGAUUGGAACAAACAAAUUUCUUUUCAUGGUGGAAGAUCAUUAACACCUUCAAGAUGUCUCGUGCACAGGCAGAGAGUGUCAUUAAGAACAUCAUCCGGGAAAUAGCACAAGAAUGUGCCAGCAAGGGACAGGCAGUCUCAGAAACACUUGUUGCUUUUAUGGUGAAAGCAGUCGUAUUGGAUCCUGCAAAUGAGUUCAACGUUGAUCGGACGCUGACUAAAGAAGAUGUUCAGAAACUCAUCAAGUUAUGUGUUGACUGUUUGAUGGACUCCAGGUCCCCGUCCCUGGACACAGUGAAGAUGCAGGUGUACUUUGACAUGAACUACACAACGAGAUCGGACUUCCUGGAGGAACAUCGUCGUGUCCUGGAGUCUCGCCUGCAGCCAGUCAUCCGGGAAAUCACGGACAGUCGGGCCCGGACUCGCGAGGAACUGGAGAGUCUGUACCGGAAGAUUGUCUCCGCGGUUCUCCUCCGAUCUGGUCUGGGGAGUCCAACCGACAUCGCAGUCGUCAGAGAGGCCACAGCUGCCCUCCAGAGUGUUUUCCCUCAGACUGAGCUGGGCACAUUCAUGUCACUGACAAAGAGAGACAAGGAAAGACAACUCCUGGAGCUGACGAUGAUCGUGACUGGAAUCCGACUGUUUAACAAGGAGUGCGGGAAGGGUGGUGAAGGCAUUGAUGACUUGCCGGCUAUCCUGAAUGAAGCUGUCCCUGCCACGACUCAGAGUGUGGACACCGAGAUUCAGGGGACACUCAAAUGUGCCUAUGAGUACACAGGCCUGAUUGAACACAUCUACCACAAUGAGGGGUUUGAUGGUCCGUCUCUGCAGCUGCUGAAGGAGGCCCUCAUCAACACUCGCCAGCAUGAAGCCUUCCUCAGAGUCAUCCUGAAUGACGUCAUCAGCUGUGCCCACCAGGUGGAACAGCUGGAGAAUCAGCUGGCACAGCGCAUGGAACAGCUGCAGGCAACGGUGCAGUCCAAGACAGCUGUGCCCACAGCACAAGUUUAUCCCCAGUUCAUCCAUCUGGCCCAGCUGUGGAGCGGCUUCCAGGACGAGAUGGUCCUCCUCAGUGUGCUCAGCAACAUCCUCGCCAGUCUGGAGCCCUUCACCAGGGGUCACAAGGAACUGUUCAGUGAUGAGGUUCUACACCCCUACCUGGAGAGUCUCUCCAUCCCCAGUGACGAGGAGAGGAUCAAGCAGACCACAACAGAUGAGCAGAGAAUCAACCCUAAGGACUAUCAAGUGGAAUCAUAUGACUGGCUCUUCCCAGAAACCACCAAGAACUUCAACAAACUGCCAUUACAAUAUCGGGGCUACUGUGCAUUAUCCCUGGCCAAGUACGACCGUCUCCUCAUCCCCUCCAACCCCGAGAUCGGUGUGCUGAGAUUCAGAGAUCAUCACUACGCUUUCUCCAGCAGAGAGGCAGCCUAUGAGUUCGCUCAGAAUCCAGCUGCGUACAUCCAGCUGGUUGCUGAAGGAGCCAAGAGAAGCCCAGAGCUGAUACAACUCCUGGAACUCCAUACACAGUUCUCCACUAUCUCACCAUACUCACAGGGCCGAGACACGGGGAAGAUGAUUGAGAAGCCUGUCACAAAAAACGACAGCGCGACUCAGACAGACACUCACUUCAUGGAGUCCAACAUCGUCAAGUCGUACGAGUGGAAUGAGUGGGAGCUGAGGAGGAAGGCUAUCAAACUGUCCAACCUGCGGACCAAGGUCACCCACAGUGUGCAGACGAACCUGAGCAACCUGAGGAGGGACAACGUCACGCAAGUCUACCUGCCAAAAGACCAGAACACCCAGACAAAGGGAGAUAACUAUAGCAAUGUCCCGAAACCACAAGUGUUCUUGGAAGGUCUUCGCGGGGGUGGCAUGACCAAGCCUACCAGCAUGACCAAGGUCGACCUCACCAUCGAUGUGGACCAAACAUGAAACAUAUUCAUCUCUCAAUAAUAUUGUGUAAAUAAUAAUGUAAUUUUGUGUGAUAUAUCCUGAUUUUUGUCAAGGAAGUAAAUCAGUAAAUGAUAAUAAUUAUCAAAUACAAAACUUUUCAUUCGUCACUGUAAAUGCAAACUCUAAAGGUUCAGUUCAAAUCACCAAGAAACAAAUUUCAGACCUUUGAAAAAACUAAGCUGAGCCACAUGACACUCAGAGAAUUUUGAAGAUGUGUACAGAGACAUAUGCCAUGAAUAAAAUAUUUAUUUUGAUGA